AUGGAGGACCUAUCAAACGCCCGGGCUGUGGAGGAUUCCCAGUCAGCCAUGCAACUGAAGGAUUUUCAUGUUAUCAUCCUCACUAGCUUCUUAGUUUGUGCUUUCAUCCAUCACGUGGCCUCGCCACUACUCUUUAAGCGUUUCAAUUCUGCCUACCGGGCGCUUUCCAAAUGCAAGCAAAUGGAAUGGGAUUCACGCACCCACGUGCAGUGGAUCAACUUUCUCUGGUUCGCAAUUCUACCCGAUGAAAUUGUCCUCGAGGUUCCGGGGCGUUCGUGUAACUCGUUCGCAAAAGCGGCCGACUUGUGCAUCCCGUCAACGCGCGAAUCUUGUUGGAGUGCUCAAAAGCCUUAA